GCGUUAUUAGCUCAGGUACCCGCUUUCAAUGGAAUGGGGUCAACCAAAUUUGAGGACUGGAUACAACAUUUUGAAAGGGUAGUCGACACCGCUGAUUUUGAAGAAGGGAGAAAAAUAUAACUUUUAGAUGUCCUAAAAUUAAGAGAGACUAUGUUAAUGGAUGGCUUUCUGGGAGGGUUAAAACCCAACCUACGCGAAAGAAUGAGUUUUAAAGACUAUAGGAACUUAAAUGACCUAGUAAAAGCAACAGAAAAAUGUGCAGCUAUCUUAAAUGAAGCGAAACUAGAGAAACGGAGCGUCGAAUUUGUCAACGCCGUUUCGGCAAAUGCUAAUGCCCAGGAAUUGAGGGAAACAAAAAACGAGAUUUCAGAACUAAAAUCAGUCAUUGAGCAGCUUUCGCAGAAAAUGAGAGCCACCCAACUUGCAGAUAAGAGUCACGAGUCAAUCAAUGCCGUCGCCACGAGCCAUAACACCCAAUUAGCGGAAAGCAAACAGGAAAUAGAGGAAUUGAAAAACCUUUUGAAAGCUAGUAAUAAGAGUUAUAGCGAUAUGAUGAAACAGUCCAGAGACUCAGAGAAAAUGAUGAGAAAUCUACAGCUUCAGGUCACCGGUAUGAGCCAAGCGAUCCCCCAGGCUCAACCAAUGAGACAGUAUCAACAAAAUUACAGUGGUCUGGUUACAGACAAUAGUACUCGGUUUCCUCAUCAACCGCCAGUACAUCGUAAUCCACCACCAUCUUACAAGGAUAAUCACAAUAAUCCGGUUAAUAGACCCCCUCAGAGACGAGAGCGUUAUUGUGCUUAUUGCGCAAAUAACGGCAGGAACCCAACAACUCACAACACUGACAAGCGUGGGUGGGGACCGAACGGGCCAACCUGCUUCAAAUGCCGUCAAGGUGGGCACAUUGCGCGUGAUUGCCCAUCCGCACCACUUCGUUCCGACGCCCAAUAUGCGUCGCCAGCUCAGAAUCCUGGUCAGCUCAACCCCUGGAAUCAGGAAAACUAG